CAUAUCGUCCACUAGUUGGCACAUGUGGUAAUUUCUCUGCAAGUCACGCCGAUUGAGGAUGAGGAACAGUAUGGCAGCAACAGAGGCCUGUAAAGUGAUUGUUUACGGAGGGAAGGGGGCUCUGGGAUCAGCAUGUGUGCAAUACUUUAGAGCUAAAAACUGGUGGGUUGCUUCAAUUGAUCUUAAUGCCAAUGAAGAUGCCAAUGCCAACGUCACGGUAAAGAUGACCGAAUCCUUCACCGAGCAAGCCAGCCAGGUGACAGCUGAUGUUGGUGAGCUGUUAGGUGAAGGGAAGGUUGAUGCUAUCUUGUGUGUGGCUGGAGGCUGGGCAGGGGGCAGUGCCAAGGCCAAAACUCUGUAUAAGAACGCUGAUCUAAUGUGGAAACAGAGUGUGUGGACUUCCACGAUUUGCAGUCACCUAGCAACCAAACACCUGAGAGAGGGGGGUCUGCUCACACUGGCAGGGGCUAAAGCAGCACUGGGUCCGACAGCAGGAUACAUAGGUUAUGGUAUGGCUAAGGCAGCAGUACAUCAGUUGUGUCAGAGUCUGAGUGGGGCAGAUAGCGGUCUUCCCCCAGGAUCUGCUGCAAUUGCAAUACUUCCAGUAACUUUAGACACGCCCAUGAACAGGAAGUUCAUGCCAGAUGGUGAUGUGACUUCCUGGACACCACUAGAGUACAUAACCGAGCUGUUCUACAAGUGGACUACAGGAGAUGACAGACCUCCUUCAGGUACUUUGAUGCAGCUUGUUACAGCGGGCGGAAAGACGGAAGCUACACCAGUGUUAUGAUCAAUAUAAUGUAUGUGCAAUCAAAACAUUCAAGCCAAUUACCAGCUACAGUCACUACUUUAGUUAUACUUCAUCUUAUUGCCUUAUUGUUUACUUGUAAAUGCCAUGUCCACAAAUGCUGUACAUUCUGUCCCUUAAAAAUAUGGUAAAUACAUAUAAAUGUUGAAUAGAUUGUUUGGUACACAUGUGAUAAAUAACAACGAAACAAAUUGUUUUACUCUGAUUUCUUUUUUGCACCUACAACAAUCCAAUGUACUUUUGAUAAUCACACUGACUGUUUCUCACCAUUGGAGGGCGCUGUUGAUUAAUUAAUAAUACAAAAAUGUGACUACGGUGUGUUCAGCCUGGAAUAGUGAGUCAGCAUUGAGAAAAGCUGCAUUCUAUAAGUAAUGUAGGAUUUGUAAGUUGACUAUUAAACAUUAAUUUUCAGGUGGCUCA